GCUUGAGUCGCCGGCUGCUCAGCGGGGUUCCUCUCUCCUUGUUGUUAUUAUCAGAAAUAUUCUCAUUAACGGCAGGAAAGCUUUCCAAGCCCGGAUCCCAGGAUUCAGCAAUGCCUCAGCCGGGAUUAGAGAGCGCAGAGGCUGACUGAACGCACAGCAUCGCUUCGUUGUAGUUUCGUUCGGACACAUUUCUCGAGUGCGUCUCCUCCUCCUCAUCCACCUGCCUGCACGCGUCGGGAACCAGAAGCCCAUGGAGGGAUGUCGUGAUGCUGUGCACAAGGAGAACUAAAACUUUGGUGUCGACAUGUGUGAUCCUGAGCGGCAUGACCAACAUCGUGUGUCUCCUUUAUGUCGGCUGGAUCACCAACUAUGUGGCCAACGGGGGUCCCAAAGUUGGGGAGAGCGGCGGGGAGGCGGAGAGAAAGUUGGAGGAGGACAGUAAAGGGGAAACACUGAGGAUUAUCGAGAGGCUGGACCGGCUGGAGAGCGUCGUCAAUGAGCACAUCAAAGACGCCCCUCAGAAAGACGGUGAAGAUGCUUCCUCAUCUGACUCUGCCUCAGACUCCGCCUCCUCACUGUUCGAUCACUGGGGUCACGACCUCGGCCCAGAAAGUAGAAGGGUUGCCCUUAAGAAGUUCCGCUACUAUGGCUACAACGGCUACCUGAGCGACCGCAUCUCCCUGACUCGGCCUAUCCAAGAUUUACGACCGGACGGGUGCAGAAACAUCUCAUACUCAUCAGAUCUUCCUCAGCUCAGCAUCAUCUUCAUCUUCGUCAACGAGGCCUUGUCGGUGUUGCUCCGCUCGGUCCACACAGCCAUCCAGAGGACUCCGUCCCACCUGCUGAAAGAGAUCAUACUGGUAGAUGAUCACAGCAACAGCCUGGAGCUGAAAGAGCAUCUGCAGAGCUCUGUGGAUGAGACCAACGCUCAGCAUGGCUCUGGGUUCAUCAAGGUGGUCCACCAUGACAAACAGGAAGGACUGAUCAGGUCCAGAGUCAGUGGAUGGAGGGCUGCCUCAGCUCCUGUCGUCGCCUUGUUUGACGCACACGUGGAGUUCAACACUGGAUGGGCAGAACCUAUCCUGCAGCGGAUAAAGGAGGACCGGACCCGGGUGGUGUCUCCGUCUUUUGACAACAUCAAAUACGACACCUUUGAGAUCGAGGAGUACCCGCUGUCUGCUCAGGGCUUCGACUGGGAGCUGUGGUGCAGAUACCUCAACCCACCAAAGUCCUGGUGGACACAACGCAACCACACAGCGCCUAUCAGGAGCCCUGCUCUGAUUGGCUGCUUUGUGGUCGACAGGAAGUACUUUGAGGAGAUUGGCCUGCUAGAUGAAGGCAUGGAGGUUUAUGGUGGAGAAAAUGUGGAGCUUGGGAUCAGGGUGUGGCAGUGUGGCGGCAGCGUGGAGGUCUUGCCCUGCUCAAGGAUUGCACACAUUGAGCGUGCUCACAAACCCUACACGGAGAACCUGACCGCCCACGUACGUCGUAACGCUCUGAGGGUGGCCGAGGUCUGGAUGGAUCAGUACAAGAGUCACGUCUACAUGGCCUGGAAUGUUCCACUACAGAACUCAGGAAUCGAUAUCGGGGACAUUUCCAAGAGAAAGGCUCUGAGGUCCCGACUCCAGUGCAGACCAUUCAGCUGGUUCCUCACCAACAUCUACCCGGAGCUGCGAUCAUACAGCGACACAGUUGCUUAUGGAGUGCUGAAGAACAGUCUAAGAGACAACCUGUGUUUGGACCAGGGACCGGACACCGACAAUGUCCCCAUCAUGUACCUCUGUCACGGUAUGACACCGCAGAAUGUCUACUACACCAGCUCGCAGCAGCUUCACCUGGGAGUGCUGAGUCCCACCAUCGACGACGACGACAACAAGUGUCUGGUGGAUGUGAACAGCAGACCCAGACUGCUGGAGUGCAGCUACGCAGCAACCAAACACAUGAAGCUCACCUGGACCUUCAGUCAGGGUGGCUCCAUCCAGAACAUUGACUCUCAGCGUUGUUUAGAGCUGGUGGAGAGCAAACAGUCAGAGUUCACCUUCCAGCUUGCCAUUCAGGAUUGCACCAAUCAGAAGUGGACCAUCACCAACAUACUGACAGUCCUACCGCAGUGAACACACUGACACCAGUCUGCCACUGGAGCACCGUUGUUGUGAUGGAUGGCGAAGGAUUUCUGCUGCUUUAAAUCUAAAACCCAUACUGACCCGCGGCUGCCCGUCACAGAGUCCUGGUGCACUUAACAAGAAUUAGAUUCCAGACAGAAAGCAGCUAACGUGCUGACCUAGGCAGCGAAUUAAGAGUCCAAAAAAUGAGCUGUGAUGCCAGACCUCUUUCUAACGAGAAUCUGCACAGGAAAAGAUGUUCUUCAAUCAGACACGGACCAUCAGUAACCUAAUAACCGUUUUAUACCAAUGACCUGAGAGAGGAGACAUUCACAGAUGGAGCCGAGGCUCUUAAAGCUUCCCUCUCUGAAAUCCUGAUGAGAAAUAUAGUCACUUGUUCUUGGGGACAGGCUCAUGAAAUCAUGUAAGCACUCCGGUUAUUGCAGGAGCAGGGCUGAGAUGAAUUCUGGGUCCCUGUCCUCGGUUUAAGAUAGGGCAUGUACUUUCUCAGUCACAGCACACAAUCAGCAUAACAGAUUGCGUGAGCAGGGUUGCAAUAGUUUAGUGUGCAGAGAGGAUUGCAGGCUGCGUGAAUAGUGUUUUUACAAUGAAGCGGCUGAUUUGUUACAGGAAUGAUGUGCAGUAGACAGGUUCUGAGUUAUUAGACUUACAGACCAGCUGAACUCAGAGACUAGAACAGAUGCUGCAGAUUUCCCCAGUAUCAAGAAAGUGAGGAUAAAAUGGAGAAUAACCACAGAGUGAUUUAAAGUGGCAUUGUAAGGAAACUCUUUUCAUCAAAAGUUUCACGGCGUGCUUGGGAAUUCAUUUGAUCGCAAGCGGAGCCGUCAAUCAUCCGCAGACGCCAUCUUUAUGGGUUCAGCCACAGAGCAGGAGAUUCAUCCGGAAAAGAAGAUUUUAAACUCCGAGCUCCUUUAAUACCAGCGCCUAACACGACUCUGGCUCAUGCAGCACUGAUAAGUCCUAAGCAGACCUGUGUGAAAGGAGGAAAGUGAAGUGGAAACUGUGAGGUUUAAAGAAGAUGAAGCACACCUAGGAACCCAGACAAGGUCUGAUUUCAAUGUAAGCACAUCAGUCCAAUAACAACAGCUCUCAAUCAGGUGAUCCCUGAGCGUCAGACAGGAUAUGAUAAAAGGAAAAGAUCAGCCCUAGAGUGUAUAACCCACUCUGAUUUUAUUUACCUAUUUCAACAAUUUAAAACAUUUCUUUUAUGAUAUACCCGUGAGGAGCAUUCAGAGAGCCACCAGAGGUCUAAUAAAGCUGACACAAGCAGAUGUCAAUUAAACUCAGUCUCUAAACUCCCACGCUCUGCACACAAACGUCUAUUCAGGCAAAAUGUUUGAAAAUGAAUGUGUGGGUGUGAAUGAAAACUGAAGUCCAGGUAUUUGCCAUCUUAUUUCCAGGGUCUUCUUUAAAAGCACCUUUUGAAUAUCAAUAUGAAAGGCUGACCCUGAUUACUUCAGCCAGGAAAUGCAGCAGUCUUGUGUUUUCAUCACACCGCUCUCUUUGGCCCUCGAUCCACGCUGGAUGAAAUGAAAUCAAAGUUUUUUGGAGGUUUAACAUGAAAAGAAAAAU